AUGCCUCCCCAGAUAUCGAGGUACCAAAACGGGCCGAACAAUGUCGCUCCAUACCAGCACCAGUUCGCCGGCCUAAACCCAGGCCACUCCAACAACUACACUCCACAAUUGGGCGGCAAUCCCUCCCAUCUGAACCCGAACGCCCAGAUCCCUUCCUUCGCUACGAACGGCAAUGUGCUCGGGCUUGGAGGAGGCAUGAACUCGGCCGCCGCGAGCUUCGGCGUCGGGCACGAGUCGGGCCUGGGCGGCCAGGCGGCCAGGAUGGGAUUCCACAACGCGACGCUCCAGCAUCCACAGCACGCCCAACAACAAAGUCACUCCAUGAUGGGGGAUCAGCCUGCUCGCAAUCAAUUGGCUAAGGGCCGGAUACGAGAGGUGUGGAAACAUAACCUGGAGGACGAGAUGGCUGUGCUGCGCGACCUGGUGCAAGACUAUCCUUAUAUUGCUAUGGACACUGAGUUCCCUGGCGUGGUUGCGCGGCCAAUGGGUGCAUUCAGAGGCAAAUCCGAUUACCACUACCAAUGCCUGCGGGUGAACGUGGAUCUUCUCAAGGUCAUCCAGAUUGGCAUAACGCUAUUUAACGAGGACGGAGAGACACCCGCGACAAGGCCAAACUCGACAAACUCGACAGAAGUCGGCGGCGCAGGGCGGAAAAAUGCGAACCAAAACCUGGUCCCACAUGCCUGGCAAUUCAACUUCAACUUCUCACUCAACGACGACAUGUACAACGAGCAAUCGAUCGACUCCCUCAAGCAUGCCGGGAUUGACUUUGCGCUGUUGGAGCGGGACGGGAUCGAUCCCAAGAAGUUCGCGGCGCUGUUGAUCCCCUCCGGUCUGACCCAUUUCGAAGAGGUCAAGUGGAUAUCCUUCCACGGAGGCUACGACUUUGGCUACCUCACGAAGCUCCUGAUGUGCGAGCAAAUGCCGAACGAUGAGCUCGAGUUCACGAAACGCCUAAAGAAGUAUUUCCCGAGCGUCUACGAUGUCAAGCACCUCAUGAAGCACGCCAUCAAGCAACACAACUCGGGCCUUCUGACGCCUAGCGACCCGAGCACGACAGAACUGCUGCAGAAGUUCGAACAGAAGUCCGGCCUUGAGAGCAUAGCAGAAGCCCUGAAGAUUAAGCGUCUCGGGGCGGCUCACCAGGCCGGGUCGGACGGACUUCUGACCGGCAGAGUCUUCUUCUCUAUGCGAGAAAAGGUGUUCAACGGCGACAUCCCCACGGAGCAGGUCGGCAAGAUCUGGGGUCUGGGCGUGCCGGACAUCGGCGCGCCGCUCGGUGCGGCCCAGCAGCAGUCGGCGGCGGAGAGCACGCCGCCACAGCAGGGCCAGAACAACGGCGGCCAGAACAACACCGAGGGGACGCCCAGCACGCCCAACCAGGGCAGCGCGGGCCUGGUCAACACGCCGGCAGCACAGUCGCACAACACGAACGGUGUCAGCAGCAUGGGGCCUAUGACGCCCGGGGGUGGCGGUGGGGUCUUUGGGAGCUUCCACAUGGGCGCCAGGUAG